ACUUUUCUCACAUCCAACAGGAAAACACAAGCUUCUAAACACCAAUUAAAAGCAACUAAGUUUUCAUAUUUUCUUAUCACACAAAAAAAGAAGAAGAAGAGGGAAGCAAUGGCUUCGGCUCUGAAACUCUUCACAUGCCUUGUUUUGACGGUUUACAUAGCUGCAUCGGUAGAUGCAUCAAUCUCAUGUAACGCAGUGGCAAGUUGCAUAGCUCCUUGUGUCCCCUACCUAAGACAAGGCGGGGUCGUGACGCCUGCAUGUUGUGGAGGAAUGAGAAAUUUGAAUGGUUUAGCUCAAACCACACUAGACCGUCAACAAGCAUGCAAAUGCGUACAGUCCAUUAUAAGUUCCAUCCCUGGUCUCAACCCAAAUCUAGCUGCUGGUCUUCCUGGACGGUGCGGUGUUAGCUUUCCCUAUCCUAUCUCCGCGAGCAAUAACUGCGACAGCUAUGGUUCUUCUUGCGAGAACGAUUUUGCUUUUGUUCUUCUGUGUGAAUCUCGGCCGCCCGUCGUUCAUAAGCGCAGACGAUUCUGACAAUUGAUUUAGACUGGAGAUCUGGACUUCACUCUAAGGUCCAAAGUCUCUAAAUCGUAAAUUACUUGUUUUGGUUUCAGUACUCCUGCAAGCUAUUGUUUUAUGUCCAACAAACUAUAUAAGGCUCUCCUCACGGUUUGUCAUACUGUAGAUAGUGUUCAAAGGUUUGUUUAUACUAACCUGCUUGUGUGUCGUUAAUCUCUGGCUCUGUCUCCUCCACGACAAUUCUGGAUCUGGAUCUCGGUCCUUCUUUAGCUGAUCUCUCACCGUCACCACCUCCUGUGCACCUGCCGACGACUACUCUCUGACACAUAUGAACAAAACAAAUAAAACUUCUUUAGCUAAUAUAAAUAAAUGAAAAAAUGAAGAAGGCGGUGGAAGUUUAAGCAAUCAAUACCUGAUAAUCUGACUAUGUUUUGUAAGUUCACUUGAAAUAGGGAUGGUGGUUGAUGAUCUUCAAGCUUCCCUGGUUAAACAUAAUAAGGAACUCCGUAUACAUGAUAUGAAACUUUAAAAGAAGAAUUUGAAAAUAAUACUACCUCAAGUGUCGAUAUGAAAACUGUCUCAUCAAACACUCUGAAUAUUUCUAUUAGUUCAUUUGUAAUUUUAUUAUCCAAGUUGUUUCUUAA